AAACCUGCGAUGAAGAGUGACGCUGUUUCUUUUGGGCUUCUGGCAUGCGAGCAGACCGAAACAAACAACACAGCCCAAGAAGGCAUCGCCGUCGCCGCCGCCGCCGCCGCCGCCGUCUUCUCCAACUCACCUAGGGGCCUUCGCCUGCGCAGGUGUCCAAGCCGCACCGAUGGCGAAGACGGCGGCCGCGACGGCACUGGACAUCGCUGAGAUCUCCUUCUCCGACCUAACCCUCCUCUUGUCGCCGGAGACACCGGAUGACGACGACCGCCGUCGCCGAGUCCUGUCCACCGUGGGCACCGAGCUCGGUCGAGGUGAGUCUGGGUUGUUGGCCAUCGCCGGCGUUCCCCGCGCAGGCACCCUCCGGUGGCGGCUCCUCCCCUUGGCCCGGCGCCUCGCCCUUAUGGACCAUCCCACCCGCGUCCAACUCCUCAAUGCACCCGUCCACCCUCCCUCUCAGGCAGGGUUUGGGCAGCGACGUGCCUCUGAAGAAGCUCGAUCGGUCUGUCUCCUCAUUCGCGCAGCUCCUAAGUGGGUUUGUUUUCCAGAGAAGGCACAGUCUGUUGAUGGAUUUGAAGAACCUAAGGGUGAUGAUAACAUUGAAAAUCUUGGUGAACUCGUUAAGGAGCUGGGUUUGUACAUGAUGGAGCUUGGGAUUUUGGUUGCGCGAGCUUGCAACAUUGUUAUUCGGAGGGAGAGCAGCACAAAGAGAAAAAGCUCGGCAAAUAAAGUGGCUGUAAAACCUUAUCAGUCAUGUUCUCAAAGGUCUGUAUCAUGAGGCACGCCUUGCAUCAAAUCAGAAGAUGAAACUACUGUUAUGGCAAAAAGAGAAAAUGAUUCCAACGAUGUAUGAAUUCAGGGCCAGGGUGGCUUGAUUUCCUUGACCUGUGGCAGGAGUGGCACUAUGACUAUGGAAUCUUUACUGUUUUAACAGCACCAUUGUUUUCCCAUGCCUCCAUGGGAGAAGAAUGUUUGGUCAGCCAGGAAUGCCAUCCUCUUGAUGGGCACACACACUUGCAGUAAUGCAGCAGAAGUAAGAUAUUCUCAGUUAGAUGCUCUCCUCAGAGUUUCAUUGUUCAGGUUGGAGAAGCAACAGACAUUUUGUCCAGAGGGAAACUGAAAUCUACACUUCAUGCUGUGAGUAGACCUUUGAGUUUCAGAGAUAUCAGCCAUGAUACUUUUGUAGUCUUCCUACAGCCCUCAUGGGACAAAACUUCAACUUAUUCGAGUUACUCUUCUGAUGCUGAAGAUAAAUCAAGUGAUGACAAGUACAUGCUAGUCAGAAGUGAUGGGUCAACUAGGUUUUGUGGUGAAGAUGUAUUUAUGCAAGAAAUUUUGAAAAAGAUCCCCCCUCUUUCCUCAAGGCUAAAAGAAGGGAUGAUGUUUGCUGAGUUUUCUCAGCAGACAACAACACAGUAUUAUGGUGGUGGUGGCAUCCAACAAAACAAUUGAACACCAGUGAUAUAAUGGUGAAAUGCAUGUAGCUGGCAAUGAACUGAUGUACUGAGAUGCAUGCUGAUGCAGAAUUGCAGAUGAGAAUGCAGUCCAUGCAGUAAAUGAGAACAUCCUGGAGUGGAGUUCCAAAAUUUGUUGGGCCCUUUGUUUGAAUAAAAAGGGUUGAAAUUGAGUGGGGACGAUAGACCUGCCUUCUUUCAUGUCUUGAGUAUAUUGUUUUUAGCUUUUUUUAGGGUGAAAUUGGAUGCUUGUUCGAAACUUUUCUCCGUAUGGUACUUGCAUGAUGUUUUGGUGAACUUUUAUGUUUCUAGUUUGAUGCUUUUUGACACUUCCUUACCCAACUCUUGAGAUCUCACUAAAAUAAAUGUAAUGUUUCCUGAUAGUUGUUAAGAAAAGCCCAACAGUUUUACAUUGUUGGUUGGUAAAAAAAUUAAUAUUCUAUGGCUUUGUGAGCUGCCAAGUGCUUCCAAUAGAAGUCUUAGUAGAAUCUGCAGUGCCCAGCAUUUUUUUUCUUUAAAUCGCCUACAGUGUAGCCGGCCUGCCCGCUAGUUCAAAAGGGGUAAUGGGAAAACAAAUAGCCUGAGCUUGCUUCCAUUCAUGCAAAGAAAGCCUUCACUUCCCUGAUCUGUUCGAAGUGAAAAGCUCCAGUCCCAUCUUCAAAAUAAUACCUCCCAGAAUUUAUGUGAUCUAGCAGUGAGAAGAAGAUACUAAUUGAUUGAUGGACUAUGAUUCAGUUUUUCCAAACUUAACUGUAUUUCCUU